AUGGACAACGUCGAGAAUCACGUGGAUGCUACAGCUGCUGCAUCGGAGAUACAGCUGCAUCUUCUAAAUACAUCUUGUAAAACAAUUAAGGAUGGGGACUCGCUGGUGACUGAGACGGAAACACCUAGUGGAUCAAAAGUUACAAGAACAUACACGUUCUCAGAGGAUGGUGUACUUUUGGCAAGAUGUUUAUCUUUACAACUACCAUGGUCCAUGAGGAAAGUGGUGAAAUUGCAAAAAGGCAUUUCAAGAGAAUGUGAUUUGAAGAUAUUCAUUCAGUAAAAGCAACAAUGCAGAAAAGCUAUGUUGAAAUGAUAACUAA